AUGUGGGUCUAUGAUGACCCAAACUGGUCCGUACUGGUCCAUACUGGUUCAUACUGGUCUCUCCUGUCCCCCAGCUACGAGGCGUGCGCGGAGGCGGCGCGCUGGCUGCGGGCGCGGCUGAUUCCAGUCCAUACUGGUCCAUACUGGUUUAUAUCGCUUUGUAUGGGUUUAUAUGGGUUUAUAUGGGUUUAUACUGGUUCAUACUGGUCCGUACUGGUCCAUACUGGUUCAUACUGGUCUCUCCUGUCCCCCAGCUACGAGGCGUGCGCGGAGGCGGCGCGCUGGCUGCGGGCGCGGCUGCGGGAGGCGCCGCGCGUGGCGCUGGUGUGCGGCUCUGGGCUGGGGGCGCUGGCGCAGGAGCUGCGCGACCCCCAGAGCCUGGAGUACCGCGACAUCCCGCACUUCCCGCGCAGCACCGUGCAGGGCCACGCCGGGCGAUUGGUCGUCGGCCGCCUGGGCUCCACCCCCUGCGCCGUCCUGCAGGGGCGCUUCCACCUCUACGAGGGCUACAGCCCCGCCCAGGUGGUCAUUCCCGUGCGGACGCUGGCCCUGCUGGGCGUGCACACGCUGGUGCUGACCAACGCCGCGGGGUCGCUGCGGCCGGGGCUGACCGCUGGUCACCUGCUGGUCAUCCGCGACCACAUCGACCUGCCCGGCCUGGCCGGGCGCUCGGCCCUCGUGGGGCCCAAUGACGACAGGUGGGCUUUG